GGAUCACAUGAUUUUUCUGCGUGAAAUCAAACCUUACUGACAAGAAACGAGUGUAUAUACACAUAAAGAGCUAUUUAGAAAUAGGGGGACUUUGAAAUAAUUGUAUUUUCCCUUCUUCCACGAGGAAGCUGCUUUCGGGGGAGUGAAUUGCUGUUGUUGCCCUGCCUGGCAGCCUCACCUUCCUUCCCCCAUCCGCGAGAACAGUGCAUAACUGUGUACAUCAUUUUAGCAUAAUGGCAAAUGAAUCUCUUGAAAAUGAUGGAGGGACCGGUUCGAGAAAUUCAAGAAAUAUAAAUUUCACAUCAUCUGUGGAUCUCAGCACGUCCUUGGAAUCGAGUGUUCAGACUCGAAUAUUUAAAAUAAUUGUAAUCGGGGAUUCAAAUGUAGGGAAGACCUGCUUAACCUACCGCUUCACCGGUGGGAGCUUUCCAGAGAAGACCGAGGCGACAAUCGGUGUGGAUUUCAGGGAGAAAGCAGUGGAAAUAGAGGGCGAAAAAAUAAAGGUGCAGGUGUGGGACACUGCAGGACAGGAACGCUUCAGGAAGAGCAUGGUAGAACACUACUACCGCAAUGUGCACGCUGUCAUUUUCGUUUACGAUGUCACUAAGAUGAACUCAUUCCAGAACCUGAAGACGUGGAUCCAGGAGUGCAACGGGCACCGUGUCUCACCCACUGUGCCUCGGGUACUGGUGGGCAACAAGUGUGACCUGGUUAGUCAGAUACAAGUGCCCUCCAACACUGCCCUCAAGUUUGCAGACGCCCACAACAUGCUGCUGUUUGAGACCUCGGCCAAGGACCCAAAGGAGAGCCAAAACGUGGACUCCAUUUUCAUGUGCCUUGCAUGUCGGCUGAAGGCCCAGAAGUCCCUGCUGUACAGGGAUGUGGAGAGGGAGGACGGAAGGGUUAGGCUUUCACAAGAGACAAAUAUUAAUAAGAGCAUCUGCCCUUGCUGAGGGAAAUACUGUGACUCUCCUCCACUCUGCAAUGAUUCCUCCUCUCCUUUUAAUACUGCUGUGGCUUGAAUGGAAGAAUUGAACAUAAACAACAUAAGAAGAAGAUAGUGUUCUAAUGUUAACAUUUCUUGGAGGAAUGUGCGUGCAGUUAUUUCCAUUUUUUUAUUGAACGGCCUAAUACGGUAUUAUGGUCUGUCUGUAUACACUUUUGCUUUACUCUCUUUCUUUGAUAUAGUAUCAUUAUCACAUUCUGUGUUUCCUCCUAAUAAUGGUCUUAAGGCAAGAGAUGUUAUCAAAUGGUGUGUUUGUAAAAUAUGUUUAUUUAUUUUGAGUUGUAAAUAUCUGUAUAUUUUUGCUGUCAGUAUUAUUGUUUCAUGCCAUAUACAUCUGUGUAACAUGAUUGCCACAUUCUCACAAAGGGACUUUCAUGAAGACUAUUCCAUUCUAUUUGGGUAUACCAGUCAAAAUUUGACACAUCUACUCAUUCCAGGGUUCUUUAUUAUUACUAUGUUUUACAUUGUAGAAUAAUAUUGUAGACAUCAAAACUAUGAAAUAACACAUAUGGUCUUCAUUGGUCUUCCCCAUCAGGAGUUUUUGUAUGGAGGUCAAUGGGAUUGUGUAAUUCAGUCAACAAAAAAAUGGAAUGGCUUAUUUGCUAUGCGAGGCAUAUUUAAUUGAAUAGAAGUUUCGUAAUGCUUAGGUUGUUAUGAGUGUACUAAUAAGUAGGACACGUGACUACUUUGAGAAAAACAACUUUAUAUCGGAGUUGUGCCUGUUGUUCACAAGGUCAGUGCUAUGUGGGAUCCUUAGGACUUCCCUACCCUUUACCCAUACCAUUUUAAAUUUUAACUUCAAUGGGGCAGGGACGUCCCAAGGAUCCCAGAUAUUAUAGAUUUUUUUUGGUGGGCAUUACCUUUUUCUCAUUUCUUAAUCCCCACGAUGCAUAUCAAAGUAGUGAAGGUAUACGCUGUAUCAAUGAAUAAGGCUGAUGAAACAGAUCAAAAUGUUUAGCUUAAAAUGUUGAUAAAGUAUUAUUGCUUCACAUUUUAAGCGCAGCAAUGUAAUCACGGUGGUUAGGCCCGAGCGGUUUCAUAGACUUUGAGAUGGAAAUAUCCAAUCGAAAUUUUGAAAGAUGGGAGGGAGAUGUAAAGAUUCAACAAAUAUCAUGGAUUACUAAUAUGACUAGGAUAAUGCCUUUAGCUGCUAGAUAAUGAAAGAAAGUUGUUUUGAAAACCAAUAGAACUGAAAACCAAUAGAACAGGAGAGUGCAUAUGAGGAAGUCUUUAUAAAAUAAUUGCCUCCACGUUUCUAUGGUGGGAUUUUGGCUAUAAGAUGCUUUGAAGCAAGGUAAGACAUGCCUCAUAAUAGGAAGUAAAAUGUCCAGGUUUCAAACAAUUAAGGAACAGCAGAUGGAAAGGCUUUGCCAAGUACCUUCUCAAUUAAAUGUUAGCUAGCUACAAAGUAGCCUAUGCCUACCCGGAAGAAUGUUAUCAUGAUUAUUUGCAUCAAUCCAGUGGCCAUUUGUUUUGCAAACGCCAUGUGUGCUACAGAAACACUGCUAACCAAACAACAGUGCUAGGUGCCUGCUCAGUUGAAUUAAAGUCUAACUACACUCAAAAAUCUAAAUGUCUUAGAUUUUUACCAGACCUCAAAAGUGGUCUGAUGUGGUUUAAGCAUUGUUGUUAACUUAGAACAUCCAAUUUUGUUGUUUUCUAUUAAAAA